GAAUCCAGCAUCCCCUGUCGCUUUUUCCCCUCUCUUUCCUCCGGAACCAAAGAGGACCUCCUCGCUUCGCUUCGAAUGGAUUUUUCCAGUCCAAUAGAGAGACUUUUCAGUUUUCAGGACUCUUCCUCGAAAUCCGAAGCCGGAAGGGUUUGAUCUCCAGGAAACACCCCUCUCUCGUGGAUCUCACGGCCUGUUUCCACUUCUCCCCUGCUUUGAUUCGGUUUGAGGUCGGCUGGUUCCUUCUCUACUUGUCUCGUUGACCACCAUUCGUCUGUUGGAAAUCGACUAUCAGGUUGGAAACUUUGAUGUUUAGGGAUUUCUCUAGUUGGGAACGCUGUUUCCGCCCUCUUCUUAUUGUUAAAAGAAGAAAGGUUCGAUUUUGAUUCAUGGAUUUGUGAUCUCCACGGUCUGAUCUUUGGUUCUUCUCAUAGAUUUGGGUGGAGGACGGUCUCCAGCUUUGUUUCUAAGGUGCUUUCCUCGUUGUUACGAGGAAAAAAUAUUUGAUUUCGAUCCAUAUAUGGGCUUGUGAUUUCCACGCAUUUUUUUUUCAGAUUGAUCAUGUUUCUUUUUAAGAUGUUUUUUGGUUGAUUAAUAAAGAUUAAAUAGAAUAUCAUGGCUUUUUACAAGCGAACCGGCAUGAAAGAUGCCGGGUUCCGGCGAAUGCUUCCCCUGGUUCUGGUAGUUCUUUCAGCGGCUGUUGUUCUUAUAUUUUUGCUCAGAACAAUUUAUGAUACUACGGCUUCUUCCAUUUCUGAGGUGCGAGAUUUUCCCGCAUUAGAGGGUGGUGUUGAUCCAGUGGUACUAGAUGUUAAUUUUAAACCGAAGUUGCCAAAAAAGAAUGAGUUAUCCAUUUCUUUGGAGAAAAGGAACCGGCUACCACCUCGGAAUACAGAUCUUUUUCCAAAUUUGUCAAAGGAUCACAUAAAUAUUGUUCUGUAUGUGCACAACCGGCCGCAGUACCUUCAAGUAGUGGUUGAGAGUCUGUCUAAGGUGGAAGGUAUUGGAGAGACGUUGCUGAUCGUCAGCCAUGAUGGGUACUUUGUGGAGAUGGAUAAGAUUGUCCAGAGUAUCAGGUUCUGCCAGGUGAAGCAGAUCUUUGCGCCGUAUUCUCCGCACCUGUUCCCUGAUAGCUUUCCCGGUGUUUCACCAGGCGAUUGUCAUGACAAAGAUGACCCAGUGGAGAAGAAGUGUAAGGGUAAUGCAGAUCAAUAUGGCAAUCACCGCUCUCCAAAGAUUGUGUCACUGAAGCAUCACUGGUGGUGGAUGAUGAAUACUGUGUGGGAUGGUUUGGAGGAGACAAAGGGAUUCUCUGGUCAUAUUUUGUUUAUAGAAGAGGAUCAUUUUAUAUAUCCUAAUGCUUAUCGGAAUAUUCAACUGCUCACAGUGCUGAAGCCACAGAAAUGUGCGGAAUGUUAUGCUGCAAAUUUAGCACCAUCAGAUGUAAACUCAAAGGGUGAAUGGUGGCAGAGUUUGAUUGCUGAGAAGGUGGGCAAUAUUGGUUAUACGUUUAACAGGACAGUUUGGAGGAAGAUCCAUGCAAAGGCCAAGGAGUUUUGCUCUUUUGAUGAUUAUAACUGGGACAUAACAAUGUGGGCAACUGUUUAUCCCUCUUUUGGAACUCCAGUUUACACUCUAAGAGGGCCAAGAAGAAGCGCUGCACAUUUUGGAAAGUGCGGAUUGCAUCAGGGGCAAGGGAAGAGCAGUCCAUGCAGUGACAAUGGCAAGGUGGGUUUUGAUAUAGAAGAAAUUGAUAGGAUUCCUAACAUUAAACCAGAUUGGACAGUACACGUAUUUGAGAAGCAAAGUGGCUAUCAGGCAGGCUUCAAGGGUUGGGGUGGCUGGGGUGAUGAGCGGGACCAUGAUCUUUGUCUGAGUUUUGCAUACAUGUUCCAUGUCACGGAAGCAUCUUCCGUGUGAAGGGGAUGUGCUUAUGCUCUUUUAACAUUUUUUAGCUUGUCUUGGCUGUACGACGUAUCUGAUAUAUACAUGAUUGGAAAAUCAAGAAGACUAAGUUGGUUGAUUGGACAGACCUGACAUACAUGGCCUCUGUGAUUUAUAUGCAUUGGAGAGAUCAAUUUGCACCACCAAAUUGCUCACAUAUGGACCUGUUAUCUUUUUUAUUUUUAUUUUUCCUUUGAACUUAAGAAUGAUGAAGCAUGAGUUGCCUUGUAACCUAAUCAUGAUGUUUGUUCGGAAUGUUAAUAGAUGAAAAACAAGAAGAGCUUUUGGUGAGUCAUCAUUUGGUGGCAUAUUCUGCUACAUGGUGAUGCUUGGUUCUGCCAAUGAAAUCCAAGAAACCAUCUGAAAUGUGGAUUACUUUUUAGAAUUUACAUGUUGCUUCAGGGGGAACAGACUUGGGAAAGUGUUGUGUUGUUCUGUAUUUUUGUUUUUGUUUAGGAAUAAACACUAUUAUCUUGCUGAGAAUCAUUUUAUAUGAUUGUGGUUUUUAUAUUGCA